CUUAGCAAUUAGGGGACCCUGCGCGUCUUGGAUUCAUGUUUGAAAUCGCCUCCAAUCACCUCCACCAGCCCGACCUCUCCUUGUCCUCGACGAUACUGAAGAGUAAUAUAUCGCCCAUCUCGAAUAUACAAAGGAGCUUUAUCCACAACACAAAAACGAAAGAAGCAGACUCCGCACAAUGGCGCCUCAAGGGGAGAGCUCGAAAGAGAAACGACUGACAUCAAUAACGCCUCGAAAGUUUACUCGGUUCUUUACUCCAAGAUCCCAUGGCCCAAGUGCAGCUGGAUCAUUGAGGAGGAUUCUCUUUGAUGUCACCGCACCGGCGAACAAUCGAAGGGGGGUGCAGUCAAGUCCUAUCAGACCACUCAAUACGAUUGCGGACCAAGAGAAUAGCCCAAUUUCAUUUACUCGCGAUAUGAAGAGGCGCAAACUUCUACAUACUCCUGAGCCGACCUUGGCAGAGAAAAGCUCUCCUUGUGACGACCCAUUCAGCAGCUAUGCCGGGGACAUGACCCCGGAAUAUGGCCUUUCUUCUAGUUUUGCCGCCGAGGGCUUUGAAAGAUCCACCUGCGAACUAUCCACGCAUCCAGACUGCGGCGACGAUACUCCCAGGUGUACAGUUAGUGAGGAGCCAAGUACUGGGCGCUAUGCAUUACCAAUCCGAAGGUUGGCUUCACGAGGACUGGCAGGCAACUUGCUCCGCUCACGGCAUUGUUCAAUACCCUCCCGCCGCCAUGACACUAGUUCUCCUAUUUCUAGUAUGAAAUCCAACCUUCCAUGCGAAUGCAAGCUAAUUUUAUGUUUAGACUGGCAAGAUGAAACUGCACCAUUCUAUUCUCGCCCUGAAGACACACAUUUCUGCAGUAGUAUUGAGGGACCCGACCGUUGCAUACCUUUUUGUGUAGCAAGCUGCAACACAAACUCCUUAAUGGCUGUCGGUGAUGAGGAAGGCCGCAUACGGAUACUAGAAUCUGCAAAGGGGAGCCAACCUGCUUUCAAAGACAUAUAUGUUUCCUUCCGGCCGCACUCCAAUGCCAUCAUCGACAUGUGUUUCUCCCAAGAUGACUCCCUCAUCGCAACCGCCUCCGGCGACCAAACCUCCAGAGUAAUCGACAUGGCCACCCAAACAACAAUAUCAGUACUCAGCAAUCACACCGCCUCCCUCAAACAAGUCCGCUUCCAACCAGGCGCAGCCAACAACAGCGUCCUCGCAACAUCCAGCCGAGACGGCAGCGUCCAGAUCUGGGAUCUCCGAUGCAAAGGCAUGGAAGGCCCAGUUCAAAGCAUCCAAAUUCCCCUCGACCCCCUCGACAACCCCCUCCAACCCUCCCCUCCCUCCAGAUUAAACUACGGCGCCGUGAUUAACAGCAUCUACCAAGCCCACGCCCCCUCCCGCUCCCUACCCCCCCUCACCUCCACCGACGGCCCAACCCGCGGCGAGAUCCCCGGGCGCGCCGGCGAUGUCUCCGUCACAGCGCUCACUUUCCUUCCAGCAGGGCACGAACACCUCCUCCUCACGGCCUCCGAAUCAAACGCCACCGUCAAACUGUGGGACAUCCGCUCGCUCCAGCGCCCCCGUCGUCCUCCAACUGCCAUAUCCUCCACCGCAUUACCGCGGAGCCACAGCCAGUGGCGGCACUUCGGUGUCAGCUCGCUGAACAUCAGCGGCGAUGGAAGUAGGCUGUACUCCUUAUGCAAGGAUAAUACCGUGUACGCCUACUCGAUGGCGCAUCUCAUUCUCGGGCGCGCACCGGAUCUGGCAUCGAGGAAUCCGCCGAGGAGACAUGCGUUGGCGAGGGAGCAGGAGGGGCUGGGGCCGCUUUAUGGGUUUAGACAUAAGAAACUGCAUGUUACGUCUUUCUAUGUUAAGUCGGCCCUUCGCGAGGCGAGGGAGGGGAAGAAAGAGAUGCUAGCGGUGGGAAGUAGUGAUGGGUGUACCAUCUUGUUUCCUACUGAUGAGCGGUACCAUCGCCGUGGGGGUGCUGCUCCUAGUUCCGCGGCGGUUGAUACCGAGUCCGAUGAUGGGCAACCGCAACUCCCGCUUCUGCGGACACAGAGCGAAGCCCCUAGAGUCGCGGAUGAUAUCCCUAUCUACACCAACGGAACGCCGCUUGUGCGCGGACAUGAUAGGGAGGUGGGCGCGCUGACGUGGACAGCGGGGGGUGAGCUGGUUACUGUUGGGGAUGAUUUCUUGGUGAGGUGCUGGAGGGAGGGGGAGGGGGCGAGGGAUUUGAGGAUGGGUGGGGAGGAGGGGGGAAGGAGAUGGGGGGCGGGGUGGGCGGAUGUGGAGGGGAGUUAUGAUGAUGAUGAGUAG